AUGAAUCUAGCAGAAAUGUACAAUGCCGUUCAAUCAAGAUACAGUAAUGUGGCAACCGGCACGGAGAACGACGUCUACGCGUCAAGAGUUGCAGCAUCCUUCGGAUAUACUAAAGACGACCUUGAUAACAUUCCCAAAGGAGCCAACCUAGGUGUCAGCUGCGGCAAUCCUCUUGCAGUUGCAGGCUUGCGCGAGGCGAAAGUUGUCGUUGACCUGGGUUGUGGCGCUGGUUUUGAUGUGUUCCUGGCCUCGAGAAAGGUCCAAGCAUCGGGAAAGGCCAUUGGUGUGGAUAUGAAUCAUGAUAUGCUGGCAAAAGCGAACCGUAACAAGGACCUGGCCAAAGCACAGAACGUGGAGUUCAUCAAAGCUCCCAUUACGGACCUAUCGCCGCUGCAGAACGGAUCGACGGAUUGCGUCAUCAGCAACUGUGUGAUUAAUCUGGUUCCCGAAGUAGAGAAGCAACUUGUGUUCAAUGAGAUGGCUAGGAUUCUCAAGCCAGGGGGAAGAGUGGCAGUCAGUGAUGUGCUGCUAAAACAAGACCUCGUUCCAGACCUUAAACAGAACUUGGCGCUUUAUGUGGGUUGUAUCGCAGGCGCGAGCAAAGUCGAAGAUUACGAAAGCUACCUUCGCAUUGCCGGUUUCAAAGAUGUCUUGAUCACGGACACUUGCAAGGAUCUGAACGUGUACAAAGACACAUCACUUGACGUGAACGAUGCGUCAUGUUGUUCUAAGUCGCCAUCCGUACCCCCUGAUGGAUGCAGUCACGGCAACGGGAACCACACCGACAGCUCGACGACCGAUCCAGCUGCCAACAUCGAUUUCAAUGAACACGCCGGUGCUUUCGCCAUCUACGCCAUGAAGACAUGA